UUCUAAUUAAAGGUAACAAAAAAAAGAUGCUGACGUUUUGUUCCUUGCAUAUAAAUUGAACAAAAUACAAGUAGCUUACACAUCCAGGACAACUUGACAGUCAAACCAACACUUUUUUGUGAGGUCACGAUGUAUCUUCUUUGUUUUAUUAGGAUGUUACAUGUACAUUGCUAUUCCCAUGGGUAGAAAUACAGUGCAUGAUUUGAAAUUGCCAACCUGCAUGUGUUUCAUUGGAGAGCGGUGGAGCUGCCCUUUGCUACUACUAUAAUGGUUGAAGCCUCCGAGUCGUAUGCGGUUCUGUGAAACCUGUCUUAAUAGCGACACUCAUUGGACGCUGGAGGGAUAGACUGGAGUGGAGUGUCCUAAAAGGUGACACUAGUGCGUGUGUGGUAAACUAAAGUGGGACAUCGCAUUUCUCCGCACACUUGUAACCUCGGCGCGCCUAUACCCACGAAGAAAACAUGGAGCGGAAAAGGUGGGAGUGUUCGGCUCUCCCAAAUGGUUGGAAAAGGGAAGAAGUGACCAGAAAGUCGGGGUUGUCCGCGGGGAAAAGCGAUGUCUAUUAUUUUAGUCCCACUGGAAAGAAGUUUCGCAGCAAACCACAGCUGGCUCGUUACCUGGGAAACUCCAUGGACCUGAGUUCCUUUGACUUCCGCACGGGGAAGAUGAUUUUCAGCAAGCUCAACAAGAACCGACAGCGUCUCCGCUACGACCAGAAUCAGAACAAGGGCAAGCCUGACCUGAAUACCUCACUACCAGUCAGGCAAACCGCCUCUAUCUUCAAACAGCCUGUUACCAAAGUGACCAAUCACCCCAGCAACAAAGUGAAGACUGAUACCCAAAAAGCUGUUGAGCAGCCAAGACAGCUGUUCUGGGAGAAGAAGCUCAGCGGCCUGAAUGUGUAUGACAUCGCAGAGGGACUUAUGAAGAGCAUGGAGCUGCCCAAAGGCCUGCAUGGAGUGGGGCCAGGUUACGUGGAUAAGACCCUGCUGUCGGCCAUUGCGAGCGCACUGCAUACCAGCUCGGUGCCCAUCACGGGCCAGCUGUCUGCUGCGGUGGAGAAAAACCCAGGGGUCUGGCUCAACACCUCCCAGCCGCUCUGCAAGGCCUUCGUGGUCACGGACGAGGACAUCAGGAAGCAGGAGGAGCUGGUGUACAGCGUGAGGAAGAGGCUGGAGGAGGCCCUCAUGGCUGAUAUGCUGGCGCAGAUCGAGGAGGCUGCCAUCGAUGUGGCCGCGCUGAAGGAUGAAAAUGAUGACGAUGAUGAUGACGAUGAUUACAAUGCGGAGGAUGCAGAAGAGGUAUAGCCCAGGGUCUCAAGCAUUGACGAGCUCUGUGGGUCCACAGCAUUUUUUUUUAUUUUUACUCUCACAGGACUGUGACCAAGACCACGUCAGCCACAAGCCGAUCAGGAAGAACACCAGUCACUGUUUUUUCUACGUCUUUUCUAUCGAGUCACUUUGCACUUCGUCACCUGAUUCCACUUUGUCACUCCGGUACAAACUACAUGUCAUAGUUACAAAUGAGUUAGUUCAUGCAUUUCUAUUAAUGGUUACGUUAUUUUA